ACAGAGAGAGGGAGGCGGAACCCGUGCGUGAUAGAAGAUUUUGACUGUCAGCUCAGUACGUGGUUUUGUUCUGGGGGGAAGGACGCAACUACUUGCUCGUGAUUCUGAGCAAGUAAUUGAAUGGAUCUUCAGAAGCAGAGCUGCUAAAACCGACAGAAAAUGGCAUAUCGAAGGGAUGAGAUGUGGUCUGAAGGACGAUAUGACUAUGAAAGAGUUCCAAGAGAACGCCUCCCUCCAAGGAUUCAUCCUGAUGAUGGUUACCAUAGAGUAGUAAACAUUGUGCCCAAGAAACCACCACUGCUUGAAAGACCUGGGGAUGGGAGUUACAGUCGGUAUGAUGAUUACAGUCACACUGAGUACAGGGACUACGAAGAGGGACGCAGUUUUGCCCACGAGCGAAGAAGUGGCCCUCCACACCGAGGUGUACGUAAGGAUGACUCAGGAUACAGAUGGCCAAGGGAUGAUCAUCCUAUAAGUCGGCAGCCUGAAUACAGGGACAUCAGAGAUGGCUUCAGAAGAAAAAGCUUCUAUCCUUCUCAUUAUGCGAGAGAGCGAUCCCCUCAUAAGAGGGACUCUCCUUUCUUCAGGGAGUCGCCAGGGAGCCGAAGGGAUUCUCCGCACAGCAGAUCUGGCUCUAGUGUCAGCAGCAGGAGCUACUCUCCUGAGAGAAGCAAAGCCUACCCUUUCCAUCAGUCCCAGCAUAGCAGAAGUAUGUCAUCUUUACAUAAAAGAAAUAUUUCUUCUCAGCAAGGUAAGGAGAGGACAUCAGUUCAAUCACUGAAAACAUCAAGAGAUACAUCACCUUCUGGCUCCACAGCAGUACCAUCAUCAAAGGCCUUGGAUAAGAGCAACAGACUAUCGGAAAAGGAACUUGCAGAAGCUGCAAGCAAGUGGGCAGCUGAAAAGGCAGAGAAGGCUGAUGAAAGCAGUUUACCUGAAAUAACAGAGUAUGAUUCUGGAUCUUCAGCUCCAUUAUACAUCGAACACACAGAGGGAACAGAAACAAAUAUAACAGAUGGCACAGAAUUAUAUGAGGAUGGCCAGCUUCUUGGUCGCUCAAAAGCAAUUGCAACUAAGACAAAGGAGAUUGAACAGGUCUACAGACAAGACUGUGAAACCUUCGGCAUGGUAGUGAAGAUGCUAAUUGAUAAAGAUCCGUCAUUAGAGAAGUCAAUUCAGUUUGCCCUGAGGCAGAAUUUGCAUGAAAUAGGUGAGCGAUGCAUUGAAGAACUCAAACAUUUCAUUGCUCAGUACGAUGCUGCCAAUCAAGAUCUAUCAGAAUCCUUCAAAGAGGGCUCAUACUAAGGACAAAAAUAUGCUUUUAGUUCCUCUGCGUUGUGUAUGCCAUAAUACAUAAAUCUGCUUUUUGUGGGGAAAGAGAUCUUGUUGGAGAUUUGAACCCAAGGCCUGCCCUCCUUCAUAGUAGCUCAGGUGGCUAGAUUUUUUUCAUUGUGGUCUCCACAAUUGCAUUCUUCCUUACCUGUAUUUGUUGACAUAUAUUCCUUUGAAAGGAUGUUCUUUUAAACAAUGCUGUAAAGUGACAAACUAUUUUUGAAACCUUUACACAGUGACCUAGGAAAAAAAUGUUCAGUCUGAUGUAUGUGCACGUACGUUUUGAUGUUUCUAAGUGUAACUUCAAACACUGUAUUUUUUAUUAAAAUAACAAGAAGCAGCUCUUCAUUCGUCAACGUGCAGAAA